CACUGUCUAAGUAGGCACUGUGCUCCCUACCAGGACAACUCACCGGCUACCAGGACAACUCAUCAUGAAGAGAAAAUUUGUGGGCGCUGCUAUAGGAGGAGCUCUGGCUGUGGCAGGGGCACCUGUCGCCCUGAGUGCCGUGGGCUUCACUGGGGCAGGCAUUGCAGCUGGGUCCAUAGCAGCCAAGAUGAUGUCUGCUGCAGCAAUUGCCAAUGGAGGUGGAAUUGCAGCAGGAGGCCUGGUAGCCACACUCCAGUCAGUGGGGGUCCUUGGACUCUCCACAAUAACCAACAUCAUCCUGGUGGCUGUUGGGACAGCCACAGGAGCUAGAGCUGAAGGAUCCAUGGGAGCCUCCAGAGAGCAGGAGUCAGGGCCUCAGGAUCCUCCGCAGGAGCUGCAGGAGCCACAGGAGCCUCCAAGUUGUAAGAAGCAAGAUUUGAAUUUAGGAAAAUUUGUGGGCGCUGCUAUAGGAGGAGCUCUGGCUGUGGCAGGGGCACCUAUCGCCCUGAGUGCCGUGGGCUUCACUGGGGCAGGCAUUGCAGCUGGGUCCAUAGCAGCCAAGAUGAUGUCUGCUGCAGCAAUUGCCAAUGGAGGUGGAAUUGCAGCAGGAGGCCUGGUAGCCACACUCCAGUCAGUGGGGAUCCUUGGACUCUCCACAUCAACCAAUAUCAUCCUUGGAGCUGUUGGGGCAGCCACAGGAGCUACAGCUGCAGGAGCCAUGGGAGCCUGCAGAGAGCAGGAGCCAGGACUGCAGGAUCUUCAGCAAGAGCCAAAGGAGCCACAGGAGCCACAGGAGCUGCAGAAGCAGCAGGAGCCACAGGAGCCUCAGGAGCUGCAGAAGCAGCAGGAGACACAGGAGACACAGGAGACGCAGGAACUGCAGAAGACACAGGAGCCUCCAAGUUAUGAGAAGUGAUAUUUGAAUUUAGGAGAUGACAUCUCUACCAGUUUAACUCAAAGCUUAUAAGAAUUACCCAGGAGAAAAAGUACCAAGAUGCACUGGUUCUUUGUACUUCAGAGAAUGAGGGUACUUCAAAACCCUCACUGAUGUCAGAGAAUAAUGAAAAAAAUAAAGAUGGUUUGUUGGUGUGGC